AUGUUACACGACACUAUUCAUGAUCCUCCCUUGGAGUUGAAAAAUUCCCUUCAAAAAGAUGAUGCAGAAUUAGGGGACGAGACUGCCACCGGUGAGGCUUUGAAUGUGGUGCUAGAUCCGCAAAAAGAAAGGAAACUACUGGCCAAGCUGGAUGCGGCCUUUAUUCCUGUCAUCAUGUUUACAUAUUUGACUUGCUUUUUGGACCGAUCAAAUAUUGGUAAUGUCAAGGUCGCUCAUAUGCCCGAGGAUAUCAAUGCAUCAGACAGUCAAUUUUCAACAGCAGUCUCAAUUUUCUAUGUGACAUAUGUUCUUUUUGAGGCACCUUGGGCAGUCUUGAUGAAGAAACUUACACCUCGGAAUAUCCUGACGGGCCUCUGCAUCGUUUGGUCUCUGACCACCAUUUUCACUGGCUUUAUUGAAUCGGUGGGAUCACUAUAUGCAACUCGGCUUAUCUUGGGUGCCUGCGAAGCAGGGCUGUUCCCAUGUCUUAAUCUUUACCUGACCAUGGUAUAUCGCCGAGAGGAGCAGGCAAAGCGUGUUUCUUAUCUGAUGAGCUGUGCGGCUAUUUCUGGUGCCGUCGGUGGGCUUUUGGCAUACGGGCUCCUACAUAUGGAUGGAAUUGGAGGCAAGGCAGGAUGGAGAUGGGUAUAUAUCAUUGAAGGCCUAUUCAGCGCUCUAUGUGCCAUCCUUAUUUGGUUCGGCUUGCCCAACAACCCAGCUGAAGCAUACUUCCUCACCGAGGAAGAGAGAUGGAUGAUGCGGGUGCGCAACGAACAGCGUCGCAAGUACAUGGGAAGUGAUAAUUUCAGCUGGGAAGAGAUGCGCAUUGCACUGAGUGACCCCAAACUCUUCUUCAGCGGUGUCAUUCAGUUCUGUCAAGAUAUCUUACUUUAUGGAUUCAGUACCUUCCUGCCAACUAUCUUGGGUGGUAUGGGCUACAACUCUCUGAUGAGCAAUGUCUUGACAGUUCCUGUGUACAUCUGGGCGGCAAUAGUCUUCAUUGCCAUUGCGUUCUGCUCCGAUCGGUACUCGAAGUUUGCAUCGUACAUCUUCACGGCGAAUAUCUUCGGAAUUAUCGGUUAUAUUCUUCUCCUUACGGUAAAAAACACCGCGGUUCAAUACUUUGCCACUUUCCUUAUUGGUAUCACCACCUAUACAUCCGUCGGGCUCAAUGUCGCCUGGUUGAAUGUGAAUAUCGCCCCUCAAUACCGCCGCGCUCUCGAGAUCGGGUUACAACAGACGAUGGGAAAUUGCGCUGGAAUUGUUGCUGGUCAAGUGUAUCGCAAAUCACCAUAUGUGCUAGGGAACUCCUUUUCACUGGGGUCUCUCGUGGUGGCGCAGUGUGCUGUAGCUGGAUUUGGCUUUUACUUGCGACGUGAGAACAAGAUCAAGGAUCAAAUUGCUAGUGGAGAAAUCGAAGAGACUCGACGAGUUCGGACUGGUGAUGGAGAGGUGGACUUCAAAUAUAUUUAUUAA